GCCUCACUGACUGCAUUCAAGACUGCAGAAAUGAUUCUUUUGGCUGUCCUUACUGUUGCCCUCUGGGGCAUGCAGCCCACGGGGGCAGUGGUUGUUGAUAAUUUCAGACAUUGUUCUGAGUUCUUUUAUAAGGGGAAACCACCGGGAGGCUUUGAUCAAAAUGCAAAGAAAAUUUGUCAAAAGACACAUACUAGUGCAUUUUACUUUGCAACACUGUACUCCACAGCCCAUAGGAUCCCCCUGUACAGCGCCUACACAUUUAGUUUUGCCUGCAACAACCAGGACGGACGUAAAAGUGGAAACUGGUUCAUUGAACCCCAGCUCUCACAAGAUGAAGAGCCCAAGUUCUCAACCAUGCCUUGCAUGGAAUCUUACAGUUCAAGGGAUUCAGACAAUAUCAAAGUCAAACAAGCCAUCGAUGAAGACUACAAAUACACUGGUUAUGACAGAGGUCAUCUGAACCCCAACAGUUUUCAGAGUAAUAAUGGGCGUGAAGCCACCUUCACCCUCACUAACAGUGUUCCCAUGGAUGCCUGCUUCAACCGAGUCCAUUGGAAAAAAUGGGAAGAUGCAGUGAAAAAAAUUCUGAGGGAACAAGAUCCAACAGGCACUGCUUACCUCGUAACAGGGGCUGUACCUUCUCCCAUUAAUAAAAUACCAAGGCAGGGAAUUUUUGAUAAUCCUGGUGAGCGAGACUUCAACAGAGUAUCAGUACCAACCCAUAUUUGGACAGCAGUGUGCUACAUCCAUCCAACGGAUAAAGAAGAGUCAUUCUCUUUUGGUUUCAUUGGGGUGAAUGUACCACAUGGCAGCAUUCAGGUCAAAACAAUAGAAGAUCUGACAAGCUUUUUAUCUAGCUGUUAUGCCAGCACUGAUUUAAAUAUUUUUGUGGAUGACUGUAACUUUAAAAGUAAAAAGCGAAAAUCUGAGACAGUGGUGAAGAGACUACACCAAGCAGUUCAGCAGCCAAUGAGUAACCGCCUCACCAUGACUCCAGAUGUAAUGAAAACAUUUCAAACACUUUCAAGUUUCUCAGAUGGAGAAAUUCCAAUAUACCCUACGAAAAGAGUAAAAAGAGUACAGAUUACUGAUAUCAAAGUCGAUUUCAUCUACGACAGCUUACAAACAUGGUUAAGGGAAAUGGAGAUAAUGAAACUAACCACUGGACUUACCUGCCUACUGUCUACACCCUUUGCUAGACCUGUGAGAGAUGAGCUGCGGCGCAAAAGGCAAACAUCCGAGGAGCUUGUCUGCAGAAUUGCCCCAGAGGUUUUAGAUGGUUGUGCCACCUCCUGCCUGUUCGACGAUGGAGCUAAAGACUACUACUGUUCCACUGGGAGCAUGACAGUACGCUGUUCACCAACAUACUCAGAUAUAGCAGUAGACGGACAGAGGUGUAAGAGUGACCACACUUGUGGACAUCAUGGUUACGAUUAUUACUGGUGCAACACAGACAGGAGCUGGCAGUAUUGCAGCCCUCCACUGCCAGUAGGGAAAACAAGCAGUGGGAAAUUUUGCAGCUCUAAGCGCAACUGUGCUGAAUAUGGGUAUUCCUACUUAUGGUGUGACCUUGAUGAUGGUAGUUGGGAUUACUGUACCAGAUAGUUUCUCUGCUUUGGCAGUAAUAAGAUAAAUUAGUUUGCAGUUACCAUGAAUGUAUUCUGUAUUUGUGUUAUUUUACAGUGUGUUCAUGAUUCAUUUAGAGCUCAGUCUUUUUGGCUUCAUGUUUGUAACUUUGUUUGCCUAAAAUAAAUGGAUGCCUGAA